AUGCCGUCGUACGGGAGGUUACCGGAACACGACCCAAACAUGGCUUCAGGGUUUCAUGACCCUCGAUACCCGCCAAGAAGUCCGUCUCCGCUGGAUCAUCCCAUGCAACAGUAUAAUCAUAACCCCUAUGGUCCCAGCCUGGAGCAGCUUGCGCCUGGACCUCCCAGGUUCAACAGUCCGAGCGACCAUAUCGAUAUUCACACUGCACACUCGGUAGAAAAUUUAUCGUCCCCCGGAGGGCUUGGCAGAAGCCACCAACCCUACAGUGGCGAUGCUCAAGUGUACCCAGGCAGGCUUCACGAUGAAUAUCACCACCAAACUUACGAAGCAGACUAUUACGAGCAGCAGAAUCACGACACCCAUGCCUACGAUGUGGACGAUCGUCGGCCAAUAUUGCAACCGCCAGCACCACCUCCGCCACCGCAACAGCAACAACAACAACAGGGCUACGAAGAGCCCUACCAAGAUGCACCCUCACCACAGACCCCCGUGGGGGGUAUUAAGCGAUGGAAGACGGUCAAGAAGGUGCUACUGUACCGUGGUAACCUCGUCUUGGAUUGUCCCGUUCCCCCAGUUCUAUUGCAACAGAAUUCCCAUGGCGAGCGCGACGAAUUCACCCACAUGCGGUAUACGGCUGCAACGUGCGAUCCGUCCGAUUUCUACAACGAAAACUUCACCUUGCGGCAGAAGCUCUUCAGCAAACCCCGCCAUACCGAGCUGUUCAUCGUUGUCACCAUGUACAACGAAGACGACAUUUUGUUCGCUCGGACCAUGAUUGGCGUGUUCAAGAACAUUGAGUACAUGUGCAAUCGCCCCAACAGCAAGACUUGGGGCAAGGAGGCUUGGAAGAAGAUUGUGGUGUGCGUUGUGAGCGACGGCCGUGCCAAGAUCAACCCGCGGACCAAGGCGAUCCUGUCGGGGCUGGGCGUUUACCAGGAGGGCAUCGCAAAGCAGCAGGUCAACGGCAAGGACGUUACCGCGCACAUUUACGAGUACACAACGCAGACGCAUCUGCAGCUCAAGAAUGACGUCGUCUCCCUCGUUCACCGACGACAGCCCGUGCAGAUGCUAUUCUGCCUCAAGGAGAAGAAUCAGAAAAAGAUCAACUCGCAUCGCUGGUUCUUCCAGGCUUUUGGUCGAGUCUUGGACCCCAACAUUUGCGUCCUCAUCGACGCUGGCACUCGGCCCGGCGGCAACUCCAUCUAUCAUUUGUGGAAGGCUUUCGACCUCGAGCCCAUGUGCGGCGGCGCCUGCGGUGAAAUCAAGGCCAUGCUGGGGACCGGAGGCAAGAACCUGAUCAACCCCCUGGUCGCGACCCAAAACUUUGAGUACAAGAUGAGCAACAUCCUCGACAAGCCGCUCGAGUCGGCCUUUGGCUUCAUUUCUGUGCUGCCCGGCGCCUUCUCCGCCUACCGGUACAUUGCCCUGCAGAACGACAAGAACGGGAAGGGCCCGCUUGAAAAGUACUUUCUCGGCGAGACGCUGCACGGGGGCAGCGACGCCGGCCUCUUCGAGUCCAACAUGUACCUCGCCGAGGAUCGGAUCCUGUGUUUCGAGCUCGUCACGAAGCGCAACUGCCACUGGAUUCUCCAGUACGUCAAGUCGGCCACGGGCGAAACCGACGUGCCGGACACGGUGACGGAGCUGGUGCUGCAGCGGCGUCGGUGGCUGAACGGAUCAUUCUUCGCCGCCAUCUACGCAAUUGCUCAUUUCCACGACUUUUUCCGCUCGGACCACUCGUUUUUGCGGAAGCUGGCUUUCUUUGUCGAGUUUGUCUUCAACACGGUCAACAUGAUUUUCGCUUGGUUCGCCAUUGGCAACUUUUUCUUGGUUUUCAAGAUACUGACGACCAGUCUGGGCAAUGAGGACCUCCUGGGCAAGACGGGCGAUAUUCUCGGCGUGGUGUUUACCUGGCUCUACGGCAUAUUCUUGGUGACUUGUUUCGUGCUUUCCAUGGGCAACCGCCCAGCGGGCUCGGGAAAGCUAUACAGCGCAAUGGUGUGGUUCUGGGCAGGAAUAAUGAUAUAUCUCAUGUUUGCCGCCAUUUUCAUCGCAGUUAAAGCCAUCAUCCACGAUGUCCACAGCGGCCAGCCUUUUACCGUGUCGGAUCUCUUCAAAAACCCAGUCUUUUACACCCUCAUCAUCUCCGUCAUGUCGACGUUUGGAAUCUGGCUGAUUGCGUCCAUCAUCAUGUUCGACCCCUGGCACAUGGUGACGUCGUUUGUGCAGUACAUGCUCCUCACGCCGACGUUUACCAACGUGCUCAACGUGUACGCCUUUUGCAACACGCACGACGUCUCGUGGGGCACAAAGGGCGACGACAAGGUGGAGAAGCUGCCGUCGGUCAACACCAAGGACGGCCAGGGCAAGACGGACCUGCCCGACGAGGGCGACCUGAACGCGCAGUACCAGCGCGAGGUGGCGCUGUUCAGCACCAAGUUCAAGGCGGUCAAGGCGGCUCCGUCGGCGGCGCAGCUGCAGGAGAAGCAGAUGGACUACUACCGCGGCGUGCGGACGGGCGUGGUGCUGAUCUGGAUGAUUACCAACUUUGCGCUGGCCGCGGUGGUUCUCAGCACGGGGGGCUUGGAGAGGAUAACGCCGGGAAGCGGCGACCCGGCGCAGCAGCGGCAAGAGCGCUCCAACGUGUACAUGGCGAUUGUGCUGUGGAGCGUGGCGGUGCUCAGCGGCUUCAAGUUUCUCGGGGCCGUGUGGUUUCUCGUGGUGCGAAUGUUUCGCGGCGUCUGA